UUAUUUCGAAGUCUUUGGUGCUUCAAAUAAAUGGUGUACCGUGGGAUGAUGAGUUCUCGAAAACGGGAAGCGCGAAGUACAAAGUGUUGAAGAACCGAGUCACGCAAGGAGUAAGUCAAUUUGAAAUAUGUGUUUUUUAAACCAUCCACUUGAACGCCCAGAAAGUGAUAUUAUUUAACUGUUUUAAUCAAUUGCUCUAAGGGAAAGUUGAGUCGAACCAGGGCGUGAUCGAAUUGGCAAACGAUAAUUUGCACGAGAGUUUUGUCAACUCUCAUGGCCUGGUCAAACGAGAACAAGAGUUGCAUGAGAGUUGACGAGAGUUGAGAAGCGAGAGUUUGCAUGAGAGUUUUCUCAACUCUUGUGCCCCGGUCAAACGUUUGAAUUCUUAACGUUAUUAUGCAAUUCAUGCAUAACUUAGUUCGCUGGUAGGCGAGUGCCCACUAGUUUAACGAGUGUCUAUUUUUAUUUUAGAUUAAUGCGUUGUACAAAGAUAACGAAUUCUUCCAAGAUGCCGAGACUACGUUUAGGUUUGUUUUCGUUCAUCUGACUUGUCGUUUUGUGUCUUAA